AUGGACAACAACAGUUUCCCAAGUCUAAAUGACUUGGAUGAUUACCUGACCAAACACGACUCCAACUUCGUCUGGCUGCUCGUGGCCACUAUUCUAUCCUGUGGAUGGAUCAUAUACCUGACGUACUACAACUCCCGGAACAUCGGACUUAUCCUCACCGUCAUUAUCAAUAGGCUGUAUAAGAAUGGAUACAUACACAUUGGUUCGUUUUCCCUCUCCGUUCUCUCUGGGAAGGUCAUGUUCCGAGAUGUGUACUUCAUCAAUGAAGAUAUGUCAAUCAGAAUUCAAGACGGUCUUCUCAUAUUCCGUUGGUGGAAGAUGUAUAACCCCAAACAGAAACAACAUGACCCAAAGGCUGAAACCCGGCUUUAUGUUACUGUGAACGGCUUUGAGUUCCACGUCUAUAACCGCACUGAUCUGUACGCUCGACUUCAGGACAUAUUUGGCCUUGAACCGACCCUUAUUCCUCCUCGCCGGGAUGAGGAGAAGGGUCGUGAGGAGCGUGACAAGACCCUCGACAGUGUUCACAUCAAAGCUGAAUCUCAAGAUCCUUCGUCGUCUUGGAGGUCUCUCAUUCCCGUCAUUAAAGUCAACAUCAGCACUGGUCGUGUAGCAUUUGGUAACCACCACCUGCCUCAGACUCUGUGUAUGAAUUUCGAUGACGCCUUUCUGACGUACGCCACCAAGCCCCCCAGCAGUCAUCUGGACCAGUUCAUGCACAUUGUGAAGGGGUCACUGGAGAACGUCCGGGUUAUGCUGGUUCCCAGUCCCCGUUACCUCGGCCUGCAGAACGACGAGCCUCCCAGACUGAUGGGCGAGGGGUUUGUCGUCAUGCAGUCCAAUGACGUGGACAUCUAUUACUACCAGGAUGAACCAGGUCUGGUUCCUGAAGAAUCAGAGAACGGGGAUGCAGACAGUUGCUCUGAGGGCACUAAACUACAGGACCUUCCUCCCUGCUGGGGUUUGGACAUAGUGUGUGGAAAAGGAACAGAUUUUAACUAUGGUCCGUGGGCUGACAGACAGAGGGACUGUUUGUGGAAGUUCUUUCUGCCCGCUGACUAUCAGGCGAUGAAAGUCAGCGAUGUGGCGACCCCGGGGAAACCGCGACAGAUCCUGGCCUUUGAACUGCGCAUAAACAUCAUUGAAGCUGCCACCAUAGACCUGCUGUUCACGAAGAACAGGGAGACAAAUGCCAUUCAUGUGAAUGUGGGUGCAGGUUCCUACCUGGAAGUCAACAUCCCUAUGAUGGUGGGGGAGAAUGGUUAUUCUCCCACCAUAAAAGGCCAGUUAUUACACGUUGACACCACCAGCAGUAUGCAGUACAGAACCUUGUUGGAGGCUGAGAUGCUCGCUUUCCAUGUAAUAGCCAGUUACCCUCGUGUGUGGAACAUGCCUCAGUCCUGGCAGUGUGAGAUUGAGGUGUAUAAAGCCACCUACCACUUCAUCUACGCUCAGAAGAACUUCUUCUCUGAUCUGAUCCAGGACUGGGCGAGUGAUAGCGAGCCCGACAUCUACUCAUUCGUUCCAUACGCCUGGAAGUUUAAGAUCCUCUUCCAUCAGUUUGAGAUGAUCUGGGCUGCCAAUCAGCACAACUGGAUUGACUGUUCCACCAAGCAGCAGGAGAAUGUGUAUCUUGCUGCCUGUGGGGAGACUCUGAAUAUUGACUUCACUUUGCCAUUUUAUGAGUUUGUGCCGACCACCUGUAACACACGUUUCUGUUUGAGGGCUGAGGACACAGACAUGCGUCUCUGUCUGCCCGACUGCCAUCCCAGCAGAUACCCACUGCUCACACUCGCCAAAGACUACCAGCACAGCAAAACCUCGCCCGACAACGGCAUUCCUAUCGAAGGACAGGCGGCGCCCCCCAAAAACACCAAAGCCCGCUGGAGAAACAUGACCCAUGCUGAGGCUGGCUGGGUUGAUUGCUGGAGCGUGCCAAACUUCCUGCUCAUCAUUGACUACACCUGGCAUCCCAUCUACCCUCAGAAAUCAGACCAGCAGCUGAAACAGUCCUUGUCAGAGAUGGAGGAGUCCAUGUUGUCUGCGUUGCGACCACCAGAACACAUAACUCCAGCACCUCCUCCUCCUAAAAUCCCAUCUGACCCGAGUCAGCUCCCCCCAGACCGCCUGCAUGUGGAGAUGGAGCUGAGCCCAGAUUCGCAUAUUAUUCUGUAUGGCCCACUGCUCAGGGCACUGCUCUCAAUAAAGGAGAACUACUUUGGCGAGUAUGACAUGUACACAGACUUUGAGGAGUCUCUGUCCAGCCCGGUGCUAAGCUCCUGCUCGUCUUCGUCGGGCUGGACGGGUGUGGGUCUGGAUGACAGCAGUCGUAAGGAAAGCCCCAACCCCCUGUCGCUUCGGCCCUGGGAUAUCACCGUCCUGAUCAACCUCCACAAGGUCCACGGGCGCCUACCCACGCAUUGUGGAGGUGACGGCCCGGAAGGCCCUACUGGUUUCAUGGAGCGUUUGUGCUUCGAGAUGAAGAAAGGCUACAAAGAGACGCUGCUGCAGCUCGUACUCUCACCUAUACACGUCUUCGUCAGUGACAACCACCAGCGACCAGCAGCCGAUGCCGUUUUGCGAGAUGGGCACCUGAGCCUGUCUGGUCUGCAGAUGCGUGCCCACGCCAUGUUCUCUGCGGAGGGUUUACCGGCAGGCAGCGACACGCUGGAGUAUGCCUGGCUCAUCGACAUUCAGGCAGGGGCGCUAACGGGGAAAGUCACUGUACCCCAGUGUGCCUCGUUAUUGGAAUGGGGCGAAACAUUUGUGUUUCACGUCGUUUCCCGAGACUUUCAACUGGAGCAGCCAAAACCGUCAGUAACCUGCCAACAUGGAGUGGACCGCAGAGUCUGUGAUGCCAAGUACGCUGCCUUGCCUGGUCCCUGUCGGACAUCGGAGGACCUGAAGUACACCAUGACGCGUCUCUCCGUGGACGGAGCGCAAGUCUUCAUCGUCGAACAUGGAUGUGCAGCGAACGUUAAGACGGGGGCAUUUCGGCUGGCCACCUGUAACCUGCAUACGGCUGCAGUAGGGGAGGGGAUUAGUGCCGUGCUGCAGGAUGUUGUCAUCGCUCAGUUCAUUGAGCAGCAGGAAGGGGCGCGGCUCGGUCUUCCACCACCCUUACUACGGCGCUCUAGUUGGUUGGAAGCUGGUUCCGUGACCUUUAACCUCAUUACUGCCGACGUGGCAUUGGCCGCUGACCAUCCAUCCAAAUACGAGGUGCAAAGACAGUUCUUGGAGCUCCAUGACGCACAGACCAAAAGGCUUUGGUUCCUGUGGCCAGAUGAGAAAUGCAAGCGGAGCAGGAACCGUUGUGGCUGUCUGGGUGGUUGCCGUUUUUUCGGUGGUUCUUCCAGUGGUCUAGACUUCUUCCGAUUGGAAGAAAUGACACCCUCUUCGAGCUCUGCCUUCUCUAGCACUAGCGGUGAGAGUGACAUGUCUUAUGGCCAAUCGCUACUUCAGCCUGGAGAAUGGAUCGUUACCAAGGAGACGCCCAAACUCUCUGAUGGGAAGGGUAUGACCAUGCGUAGAGAUGAGUGUUCUCCUGCUCCAGCCACAGACCUGGAGAGGCGUGGCCAAAACCUGAGCCUGCAGGUACCACAACGUUCUCAAAGCUCCGCCUCCUCUUCGGAGGAAAACUCCUCCUCAAGUGCUGCCUUGCCGUUACUGGCUGGAGAACAAGAUAGUCCCUCCCCCUGUGCAGAGUUGAUAGGAGUUACCACAGAAGUCCCUGCCCCCGAAGGUCCGCCCCUCCGUUCUCCUCUUCGCUCUCCCCUUAAGCGCCAGUCUUCUGUCCAGUCAGCUCGCCUUGGCAGCACCAAGAGCCUAUCAGCAGCUGUCUUUGCAGAGAAGGUCCCACCCACUGCUGGGGUGCAGUUUAGCAGUGAGGUGUCCCGCAGUGACGAGAACGUUCUUGACUCACCGAGGCAACGGCGGAGCUACGGCUCUUUUCCGUUCACGCCCUCAGCCGAUUCCAGCACGUUCCACCAGUACCGCUCUGUUGACUCUUCCAUGUCUGUUGCUGACAGUGAGGCUUAUUUCAGUGCCAAUGAGGAGUUUGAGCCAAUCAGCAGUGACGAGGGGCCUGGCACAUAUCCGGGCAGAAAACGCAGGCGGAAACAGCAGGGUCAGCCCACAGACCACAGCCGCACUUCCAUAUACCACAGUGUGGAAGGCCCACUGUCAAUCACAGAGCCACGCCCGCCCCCACUGCCCAGCCACACCUCCCAGGCCUCAUUUGUCUCUGCACUUGGAUUGGAGGAGGAGGGUUCCAUGGAAACAGAAAGGCCAGAGCCUGGCUUGUUGACCACUCAGCCACAGCUCAUGGCCUGCUACCACAAUUAUCUAGCUCAUUAUCACGUGUCAAACUGGGCUGUCAAACAGCCGACCAAUAAGAGAACAUCCAAGUCCUCUCUGCACCGCCCACUUGACCUAGACACACCCACUAGUGAGGAGAGCUCUGCCUCCUUUGACCAACUGUCCAUCCCAACAUUUAAGAUUGUGAAGGCAGGGCUCUCUGCUAGUUCUCUGUUAGACAGAGGAGUUCAGCUGAUGGGUGAUUCAAACAGCACACCAUACACACCACUGGAUAAGAGAGCCAUGGAGAACACAGAUGAGGACACUAAUACAGAGGACUGGACCGAAGACCAACCGCUGGCCCAAACCAGGACCACGGCCAUUGUGGAGGUCAAGGGGGCAGUUAACAUAGUCCUGACCCCUCUAGUGGCUGAAGCGCUGGACAGGUAUAUUGUGUCAAUGGUGCACUUUGCCAGUAUCCGCCACCCAGCGUCCAUCUUAGACGAUCUGCAUGGGAAAGUGCUGAAUGAAGCUUAUCAGAUCAGCAAGUCCACUGUGACAGAGUCUAACGCAGCAAAGCCAGAGCACAAGAUCUCAAAAACCGAGGGCACCACCCCAGGGUCUCUGUCCACUCCACAUGGCCAAACUGACCUGUCAGUCAAACCUGAUAAUGUCAAAAUAAAAGGCCUACAAGCCAAUGUCACCAUUCCAAAGGUGAAUCUGUGUGUGCUCCAGGCGUCAGUGGAAGACGUCACACACGUCUCUCUGGUGGCUCUCUGCUUUGACAGAAUCGCCACUCAGCUCCGUAUGAACAGGGGGAUCGUGGAGGAGACGGAGAAGCCCUCGGUCAUGAUGGAGAAGUUCUCCUCAGCGUCUAGGAUGGCUCCUCAGUCCAGUGGAUCUCUGCGCUCCAAUGCUGGGGUGGAGAAAGGCAAAGAGAUCGCAGCCAAACUCAACAUCCAUCGCAUACACGGCCAACUGCGUGGCCUAGACUCAUUAGAUAUGGGAUCCAAUGCCAUCACUGCCAUUCCUUUUGAAAAGUCGAAGGUUUUGUUCAGUCUGGAAGAAACAGACGACUUUGCCUUAGUGGAUGAAACGGAACCAUCAAUCAGUACUGGCCACGCCUCCGAUUCUACUGCCGACCACACCCGCUCUGGGACCAAUCCAGAGAAAUGGGGAUGGAUCAUGUUUGAGUGUGGGAUAGAGAAUCUCACCGUCAAAGGGGGCAGGCAGUCGGGGGCGGUUCUCUAUAGUGCAUUUGGGGUGAUGGGCGGAGCUGACAGCUGUGGGAGGGUCCGAGCCUCCAAAUCCAAUGGCUCGAGUGGCUCUCAAACAGGAAGUGGGUACAGCACUGACGUCUCCGAUGACAACCUGCCUAACGACGCCCAAAGCCCCGCCUCUGAACCCAACAACAACUCUGACUCUGAUGAACAGGAUGAAGGGGUGGAGUCUGAUGACCUGAAGAAGGAUCUCCCACUCUUGCCUCCUCCUCCUGACUCCAGCAGCAUGAAACUCACAAUCAAAGAGAUCUGGUUCAGCUUCGCCGCUCCAACUAAUAUACGCUCUCAAACUCAAGCCAUGUGCAGGCAACUGAAUCUCUUGAGCACAGCAACUCCAGCAAUUGGCGCGUGGCUGUUACCCAUCGACCAGUUGAAGUCCACUCUGCAGAAACUGGACAUGGAGUCAACCCUGCGUGUGUGCGCAGUCAUGGGCUGCAUCAUGACCGAGGCCCUGGAGAAAAAGAGUAUCCACAUCCCAUUUCGAAGCAAAUACAACCGUGUGACUAAGAGAGCACGUUACCUCCAUGAAAACCCAUCCUGUUUACUGUGUAACAUUUUGCACCGCUACCUACAACAAGCUGACUACAGUAUUAUAGAAGAGGCUACAAUGAAUGAUGGCCUGCCUGCUCUGGUCACACUGAAGAAGGGUUUGGUCGCCCUUGCACGUCAGUGGAUGAAGUUCAUUGUUGUCACUCAGGGAUUCAAAGCCAUUGGUCUGAUUCGGCCCAAUCAGCUACCAAGGCCCAAAGAUCCCACCCCCAGCGCUCAUGACACCAGCCAGGCCCCUGACUGUGGGGCUGCCCUGCAAAGUGAUACCAGUGCUGACGGAGCUGAGUUUGAGUACGAUGCAGGUACAGUAAGUGAGCACACGAUGCUUUUGGAGGGAGUGUGCAGUAGACCCGCGCCCACUGGAAACUCCGGCCCUGUGAGUGGAGUUGAGAUUAUGAGGAAACUCUCCAAGUCUCACACACACAGCGAAUCAGCACUGAAAAUCAAGGGUUCACAUCCGUACCAAUCGCUGAGCUACACAAGUGGAGACACUGCUGCUGAUUCUCCAGCCCAUGUUAGUCGGUCUGGUCUACCGUCCAAUCACAGCCCUCGGAAGGAGUCGUUGCUUAGCUACCUGACUGGAAGCUUCCCCAGCUUGCACAACCUCCUCGAAGCCACACCCCCUCGCACCAGUGAGCCAACAGCCGCAAAGAGCAGCUCUCUCACACGCACAGGUAACAGCGUGGGUACAGAUAUGCUGACCGAACACCCUCUCCUCUCUGAGCCAUCAAACGUCAGCUUCUACAACUGGAUGUCCAUUGCCGUUGGCAACCGCACGGGUGGCAAUGUGCAGGAGUCUCCUCUCAACCGAUCCCAGCACAACAGCUUACAGACUGGAGGUAACCUCCCCACCAUCCCCUCAGCGUCGGACUUUAACACAGUCCUGUCCAGUGAUCAGAACACACUGGACACACACUCUCAACACACUCACUCCCAGCAUAGCACCAGCCAGGACGACCUCCUAGAGCAAGAUGAGACCAACCUGUGCCCUGCUGCUGUUCAGCUCGCUGACGCACAGGUGGUGUUUAAACCCUUGCUGAGCCAUAUUGGUAUCCAGGCCCAGGACGCCCCUCCCCUCAGCUAUAAGAUGUAUUUUGGGGAGCACCUGUCAUUCAGUGGCACACUGGAGUGUCUCAGGGCCGAUAUCGUCGACUCGGACACCAGCAAAGAAAGGAAAAACAAACGGGCUCGCAGGCAGGGGAUGGUAAAUCUACCUCCUUUGGAGUUCAAGCCGGCGCUGAUGAUUGAGACGUUCAGCCUGAACGCCGUAGUGUUGGAGAAAUGCAUGUCCUCUCCGCCCUCGGCCAGCGCCCUCUCCUUCCACGAGCUGAGCCGUCGUCCUCAGGCCAGUGUCCACUGUCACUUCACCCUGGCCUGCCAGGCCAUCCGCCAGCACGUGGACAUGGCCCUGGUUCGACUCAUCCACCAGUUCAGCACCAUGAUCGACGAAAUCAAAGCCACGCAGACCGACAUCAAACUCAACCGUUACACCGCUGGCUCCUCCUCCCCCACGCCCACGUUCAAGGCCCGCCCCUACAGGGAGUUCCGCUCUUCCGACUUCAGCCGAAGUUCCCGUGGCAGCCUUAACGGCGCUCCUAGACUGGGAACGCUGAAGACCAAGCGUUCCGUGGCCGGGCCGGGACUGGACACGCUCACGAGGGGCAACCGCGAGCCGAGAGGCAGGAGCUCCCUGGGACGGUCGGAACGCCGCACGUCCAAAGUUUCGCGGAAGGGUUCGCGAGACGUCGCGGAUCACAUGACCAUCCAGAUGGACGACUCGGACUCGAUAACCGUGUCGGAACAGAGCGAACCAUCGGCUGAGUGCUGGCAGAAUAUGUACAAACUUCUCAAUUUCUACUCUCUUAUAUCUGACCCCACAGGCAUACUGGAGAAGAGCUCACCUGAAAACACACUGAUAGGAGAGGGUGGGCGGAGCCCAUCAGAUCCUCCAUGCCGAUUGGCUUUUGAGUCAGAGGGUGAAACUCCACCUAGUAGGCCGAGUCGUAGGCGGAGCUUAGUGAGCUCAGAGCCACAGCAUGUCACUCUGAUUGUAUUUGGUGUUGGCAUGGUGAACCGCACACACUUGGAGGCAGACAUUGGUGGUCUCACAAUGGAGGCGGAGCUAAAAAAAAUACAUGGAAGCUUCACACUGAAGGAGAAGAUGAAGGAUAUUCUGCAUCAGAAGAUGACCGAGACCUGUGCAUCUGCUCAUAUUGGAGGCGUGAACAUUGUGCUUUUGGAAGGCAUCACACCCGAUAUACAGACGGUGGUUAAGUGUAAUAUCGCUAAGUCUCAGGCCCUGUACAGUGCCCAGCGUGGGCUGAAGACAAACAACGCCGCUGUGUUUAAAGUAGGCGCCAUCUUAAUCAACAUCCCACAACACCCGGCCACGCUGCAUAGCAUGAUGGUUCGCAGCUCCCAUCAGCUCUCCAAACAGAUCUCAGACCUCAUUCGCCAGCCCUCCAACAUCCCACCUCCCAACAGAGAAGAAACGCCCACACCACAGAAUUCUGAGAAGACCUCUAGUAACAAUCCAACGCAAGUGGACAUGAACGAGUUUCCACAGCUGCCUGAAGGACUGGAGAAGAAGCCAAUCGUGUUGAAGUUCAGCGCCAUGCUGGACGGGAUCACCAUCGGUGCCGCCCUGCUACCCUCCCUGAAGGCAGAGUACAAAAUGGACCGCAUGAAGAGCCACGGCAUGACUGGUGCGCAGACACGGUUCACUUUUGAGCUACCCAAUCACAAGCUGUGUUUCCAGUCCAAAGUUUCUCCUGUGGACGUCUCGGCCAUGCCGCCCUCCGCCAGCCUGACACUGCCGCCCGUCACCAUGUCGGGCGAAUACAUCAUCCAGGAACACGAGGGUCACAGCGACCCAGUCUGGGCUCCCGACGACAUGCCCACCAAACACGGCAGCUAUCUCCAAGGCAACUACCUGCGCUGUGUGGCCGAGAUCGGUUCUUUUGAACACAACCUGACCACAGACCUGCUGAACCACCUGGUCUUCCUCCAGAGAGUCUUCAUGAAGGAAGUCAAUGAGGUUAUCCAGAAAGUUUCAGGAGGGGAGCAACCUAUCCCAUUGUGGAACGAGCAUGAUAUGUCGACUGAUGGAGACAAACCCAAAAUUCUGCUGUAUUCAGUAAAUCUCAAGUUCAAGGGUAUCCAGGUGACAGCGACCACUCCCUCUAUGAGGGCUGUACGCUUUGAGACUGGUUUGAUUGAGUUAGAACUGUCCAACAGGAUUCAGUGUAAACCCACUCCCACAGGAAGUAGCUACUUGAAGCUGUUUGGGAAAUGCCAAGUGGAUUUGAAUCUUGCUCUGGGACAAAUUGUCAAACACCAGGUGUAUGAAGAGGCGGGAUCAGACUUUCAUCAGGUUGCAUACUUUCGCACUCGGAUUGGUUUACGAAAUGCUCUGCAAGAAGAGAUCAGUGGUUGUUCUGACAAAGAGGCGGUCCUUAUCACUCUUAACCGGCCAAUCGUAUUUGCCCAGCCAGUGGCAUUUGACAGAGCUGUGCUGUUCUGGCUGAACUAUAAGGCUGCAUAUGAUAACUGGAAAGAGCAGCGGUUGGCGUUGAACACAGACAUCCACGUAGCCACCAAGGAGGUGGUGGACAAACUGCCAGCCAUCCAGCAGACCAGUGUCCAGGCCUUUAGCACGCUGUUUCUGCAGCUGACCGUCAAUGACCUGGGAAUAUGCUUGCCAAUAACCAGCACCUUACAGGCCAAUCACAGCAUAGAUUUUGACACAGGCUCCGCCAUGGUAUUGACCAUAGAGAGUACCCUCAUCACAGCCUGCUCGUCAGAGUCCCUGGUCAGUAAAGGACAUUUCAAAAACUUCUGCAUCCGAUUUGCUGAAGGCUUUGAGACCACAUGGGAUGACUGGAAACCGGAGGUCCGGGGAGACCUGGUUAUGAACGCCUGUGUGGUUCCAGAUGGCACUUAUGAGGUUUGCUCAAGGACUACAGGCCAAGCCUCUGCAGAGAGCAGUAGUGCAGGCACUUGGACUUUGAAUGUGUUAUGGAAAAUGUGCGGUAUCGACGUGCACAUGGAUCCAAACAUCGGCAAGCGUCUGAACGCCCUGGGGAACACGCUGACCUCUCUGACCGGAGAAGAGGACCUGGACGACAUCGCUGACCUCAACUCCGUGAACAUGGCAGACAUCUCAGACGAAGACGAGAGUGAUGGCAUGUCCCCCACCAUACACAUGUUUGCUGAAGGUAGCCUCAGUCCGAGGGUAUCGUUUAAGAAGAUGCUGGUCAACCAUCUUCUGGGACUUACUCCCACUUCCCCCGUCUCAGCACCGCCAGAGAUCCCAAAUAUCUCCACCAUGUCCGCAAACCACUCGCCACAGUUCCCAGCCUCUGCUGGCAGAGUUCCAAAAUCCAGACCCCUGUCCUGGGGCUGUGAACCCAUCGACCCGCGGAGGCAGGUGGCUCUGGGUAAUCAGGUCAUCGAUGCCCGAGGACGGAAAUUCACCAAACGGCUGGUGGACAUCAGAGAACUCAACGAACAGGCCAAAGUCAUCGACGACCUCAAGAAACUUGGGGCCAGUGAGGGGACUAUUAAUCAGGAAAUCCAGAGGUAUCAGCAGCUGGAGUCGGUCGCCGUGAACGACAUUCGUCGUGACGUGCGCAAGAAACUUCGGCGUUCCAGCAUGAGGGCUGCGUCUCUGAAGGAUAAAUGGGGUUUGGGAUAUAAACCAAGUUACAACAGAUCCAAGAGUAUCUCAGCUGCAGCGGGUAGACCUCCAGUUAAGAGGAUGGAAAGACAGAGCUCCAGACUUGGUGAUAUGGAUGACCUGCCAGAUAUUAAAAUUGAUGCCGCAUCUCCAGGACCAAGAGUCACCUUCAACAUUGAUACGAUGAAUAAUGUUCCACUGGACACGCCAAACCCUCAGAGUCCAGCCAUCUUCAAGUUCCCGGAGGAGACAGAGGUGGACCUGUUGUCGGUCACCAUCGAUGAUUCUGCCAACCAUUCCCCAUCAUGCUCAGUGUUCAGUGCUCCUGCCACACCCGCCGUCUUCUCACCUGGCAUUCCUUUCCAGCUUGACGACGGUCGCCGUGACGACCUCUCGUCCUCAUCCUCAGAGGACUCGGAUAAAGACGAGGACUUUGACAGAGAUAGGCCGCAUAGCUACUACCGCCGUCCUGUCUCGUCCCAGAGGAAGUCAUCUGGAUUAGCUGCGUUAUUUAGUGAGCGAUGGCCAGCCACGCCCCAGCAGCGAAGCGUCUUGACUCCGCCCACUGAGAGAAACAUUGAUUUUGAGCUUGAUGUGCGUGUGGAGAUUGAUAGCGGCAAGUGUGUUUUACAUCCCAGCACACAGCCGGCAGAACACGAGGACCUGGCCCUGAGGAGGAGUUGUGAGCGGAGCUCCAGGAGUCUGGAUCAGGAGUCUCCUCCCAAGAGACGUAAACUCCAGGCCACGUUCACCUCCAGCUCUCACCUGCUGGGCACCAAGAGGGUCCCGUCCUCCCUGCAGAGCAAGAGCAGUGACAUCGAGACCACUGUCUUCUACAUCCCUGGAGUAGACGUGAAGCUGCACUAUAACUCUAAGACGCUGAAGACUGAUUCUCCCAAUGCCUCCCGUGGCUCCUCCCUCCCCAGAACGCUCUCCAAAGAGUCCAAACUGUAUGGUAUGAGAGACAUGCCCAGCCCCCCCUCCGCUGCCCCCGGCAAGACUAACACGCUCCUCUCCCCCCCUCCCCCUCCUCUACCCUCAGCGAAAGGCAAGGCAAGUGGAGGCGUGAAGACGGCCAAGCUGUAUGCCUGGGUGGCUCUGCAGACGCUGCCAGAGGAAAUGGUCAUCAGCCCCUGUCUAUUGGACUUCUUGGAGAAAGCUCUAGAAACCAUUCCCAUCACCCCCGUGGACAGGAACUACACAGCUUUGAGUGCUCCUGAAGAGGAGGUCGGGCACUUUGACUCGGUGGAGCCGUUGGAGGAGUCCCAGGUGUCGCUGGUGUCGUCCGCUGCCUCUCCCUCCUACUCCUUCCCUGUGGAUGUGGUGGUCUACGUCAGGGUCCAGCCCUCUCAGAUCCGGUUCAGCUGCCUGCCCAUGUCCCGGGUGGAGUGCAUGCUGAAACUUCCAUCUCUGGACCUUGUCUUCUCCUCCAAUAGGGGUGAGCUGGAGCAGCCCAGCUCCACCCAUUCAACAGACACUCAGCACACGCCCUCUUCCACACCCCCUUCAGUGCACAACGCCCACAGGGUGCCUGGCGGCAAAGGUCCGUCGUCUGGGCUGGGCAGCCCCCUCGGGCGAACUCGACACAGCAGCAGCCAAUCAGAUCUCUCAGGUCCCCCCAUUAACUCCUCAGGUCUCAGUUUCACGGCCUGCAUGUCAGAUUUCUCUCUCUACGUGUUCCAUCCUUAUGGAGCAGGUAAACAGAAAUCUGCUGUUACGGGACUGCCACCUGGACCUGGACCGCUGGGAGCGGUGGAUGAAGAAGCAUCAUCAGUAACUGGCAGGAAAGACUCUCUGUCCAUUAAUCUGGAGUUUGUGAAGGUCAGUCUGUCCAGAAUGAGACGAACAGGAUGUCCCGCCUUUAUUGACACCUUCAUCGCCAGCAAAGGUGGAAAGAUGGAUACCACCCUCAUCAAUAUCUCAGCGGUUUGUGAUAUUGGCUCAGCCUCCUUUAAAUACGACAUGCGGCGUCUGAGCGAGAUUCUGGCGUUCCCACGGGCCUGGUACAGACGCAGCAUCGCUAGACGACUCUUCCUCGGAGACCAGACCAUCAACAUGCCAGCAUCAGGUCCAGCGACUCCAGACUCUGCUGAGAGCGUGGCCCAGCACCUGUCUCCUGAGUCCAGUCGUAAAGCCUACUGGAGAACCUGGGACGGCCAGACAGCCCAACACCCCUCCAACUGCGUCUUCAACGAUUCAACCCCCAGCCACACACACCUCAAAUCCCCUGCCACUGCCCGCUCCCGCAGUGUCUCUGACUCCUCAGCACCGCGGAGAGACUCUGUUACGAAGACGUCCACGCCGUCCUUCAGGAAUGCUAAAACAGCGGGGCAGCAGGGGUCGCCGUGGGAAACCCUGGUGGUCUUUGCCAUAAACCUCAAACAACUCAUAGUUCAAAUGAACAUGAGUAAUGUUAUGGGAAACAACACCUGGACGACAAGCGGUCUGAAGAGUCAGGGUCGUCUGUCAGUGGGCAGUAACAGGGAUCGAGAGAUCAGCAUGUCUGUGGGGCUCGGACGCUCCAAACUAGACUCCAAAGGAGGCGUGGUCGGAGGCAACAUUGACGUUAAUACCCUGGAGAUGGUCUCCCAUAUUUCAGAGCACCCUAACCAACAGCCCAGUCAUAAGAUCCAGAUCACUAUGGGUUCUACCGAGGCCCGGCUGGACUAUAUGGGCUCCAGCAUUCUGAUGGGCAUCUUCAGUAAUGCUGACCUGCAGCUUCAGGAUGAGUGGAAGGUCAACCUCUGCACACCUGAGGCCAGCCUAUCAGAGAAAAGUGAGAUCUUUGUGCACGGUGACCUGCAGUGGGACAUAUUCCAGGUGAUCAUCUCUCGCUCUACGACCCCUGACCUGAUAAAGAUCGGGAUGAAGCUGCAGGAGUUUUUCACCCAACAGUUUGACACCAGUAAACGUGCUCUCUGCACCUGGGGCCCUGGCCCCUAUCUACCACCCAAAACCCCAGUCAUCAACGUGGAGAAGGGAGCUACUGAACUCUAUAUGGAUGCCGCCCAUCACAGGCAUUGGCCAGGGGUACUGAAGGUGAUCGCUGGGUGCCAUAUCUCACUCUUUCAGAUGCCCCUCCCAGAGGACGCUGUGCAACUGGGCGGAUCUAUGAGUCUCCAUGGAAACCACAUGACCCUGGCCUGUUUCCAUGGUCCCAACUUCCGGUCCAAAUCUUGGGUUCUGUUCCACCUGGAGGAACCCAACAUUGCUUUCUGGACCGAAGCCCAGAAGAUCUGGGAGGACGGUACUGAACUUUGUCCAGGCUCCAGCGAUGACUCCACCUACAUCGUACAGACGCUAGACUUUCACCUGGGACACAACACCAUGGUAACCAAACCUUGUGGAGCUCUGGAGAGUCCCAUGGCAACCAUUACCAAGGUUACGCGCAGAAGGCAUGAAAACCCACCGCAUGGUGUUGCCACAGUGAAGGAGUGGUUCAACUAUGUUACUGCCAUGAGGAACGAAGAGUUGAAUCUGCUGCGUAACGUCGACGCUAACACCUCGGAGAGCGGAGCGGCAGCGAAGAGUUCCAGUCUGCUGAGCGGCUUCAGAGGCUCCUCCAGUUACAACCACGAGGCCGAGACCAUCUUUGCAUUACCCAGAAUGCAACUGAACUUCAAAUCCAUUCACGUGCAGGACCCAGAGGAGCCCUCGUUGAGCGAUUCCAACAGUAAGCCAAAGGUGGAGUGCAGCGUGGUGACGGAAUUCACAGAUCAUAUUUGUGUUACCAUGGACGCAGAGCUGAUUAUGUUUCUGCAUGAUCUGGUGUCGGCGUAUCUGAAAGAGAAAGAGAAAGCACUGUUUGCGCCACGGGUACUGGCAUCACGGCCGGGCCAGAAAAGUCCAACGGUGUUGCAGGAGGAGGGUUCGUCUGAAAAACAGAAGGAUAAAGAAGAGGGAGUGAAUUACACCACUGUGGACUGGAGAGAAUUCCUCUGUAACACAUGGCACCUGGAACCCACGCUACGCUUGAUCUCAUGGACGGGCCGUAAGAUUGACCCUGUGGGAGUGGACUACAUCCUGCAGAAGCUGGGCUUCCACCAUGCCAGGACCACAAUUCCCAAGUGGCUUCAGAGAGGAGUCAUGGACCCGCUGGACAAAGUGCUAUCGGUGCUCAUUAAGAAACUGGGCACGGCGCUGCAGGACGAGAAGGAGAAAAAAGGACGAGACAAAGAGGAACAUUAAAAA